AUGAGACCACCUACUUCAGUUGGAGAAGAGAACGAGGAGAUAUUGGUUACUCGUGUUGAAACAAUGCAAGCUGAAGGCUUUCCUUUAACGAUGGAUGGCGUGAGGAAAAUAGCUCACGAUAUAGUCAAACAGUUGAAAUUGAAGGAUAGGUUCAACAAAGAAAAUCAGAAAGCAGGAUAUGACUGGUUGCAAAUGUUUUUGAGCAGAAAUUCUGAUAAUAUACUAAUGAAGUCAGAAGGAGUUUCUAUGGCUAGAGUCAACGCCAUGAAUAGAUCAGGAGUUAAUGCAUAUUUUCAACUGCUUAAAAGCAUCCUUAACCUGGAUGGAUCUGGUCUACAGUUGAACAGUCAUCGGGAACACGUGCUUGUUGAAAAAGGUUCUAAAGCGAUUUCCACAGUAACCUCAACUGAAAAGGGGGGAAGCAAUAACCAUUAG